UAAGUAAGUGCUGUGGGUGUUUAGAUUGUGAGCAGCAGUCUGUGUUUCAGCCGAGGAAGAGAAACUGUAACUUCAUUUCUGCUGCACAGGGAAACAAAGAGCAAUGUCUAUCCGGCAACUACAGGGAUGUCUUGUGGUCUUGGCCAUCUUUGGACAUUUUAAUGAAGCAGCGAAAACUGUAAACGAGGAGCUGUCUAACAUAAUCGGUGAGCUCUGGAAGUUGGACAACAAUCGCUUAAAUCCAGGGACAGACUACAAGAUCUCACUGCAGGGUCGAGCCGGGUUCAUACCUAAAGGAAGCAAAGUUGCAGUCGAUUAUGCUUCAUCUCCUCUCUUCUCCCAUGUGAACGAGGACAAACUGAAAUCCAUCACUACAUAUGCAAGGUUCAUGAAGCUGCUGGAUAACUAUGAAAGGUCCACUGGUGUAGCUGAGAAGGUGACUACUGAUGAGAUAGCUGAGAAUAAUGCUUUUCUGGAUGCCAUCCUAGAGACAGCUGUAAUGAAGAAAGCUCACCAGUAUUUGGUAAAAAAGGGAAAAUCGAACUCGGAACUGAGACUGUUUAAGACUCAGCUUUAUAACAUGUGGUUCCGACUUUACCACAGAGAGAGAAAAGGAGGAGAGGACUCCAGUGGAUUUGAACAUGUCUUUGUUGGUGAAACAAAAUCUGGCAGUGAUAUUAUGGGUCUCCACAACUGGGUCCAGUUUUACCUCCAGGAAAAGCAGAACCAUCUUGAUUAUAAGGGCUACAAAGCAACAAGAAAUGAUCUGCCGGAUGCAGACGAUCACGUCUUGAACGUGCAGUUCAGCUGGCAUGGUCUGGUCAAGCCAGUGGGCAGUGCUUUCAUUGGUGUCAGUCCUGAGUUUGAGAUGGCCGUGUUUACCAUCUUCUUCCUGUCAUCCAACGAGAAAACCAGCACCGCCGUGGUGAAUAUGGACCAGUACCAACUGGAGCUUGUUGUCAGCAGACACGGAUAUUCCAUCGGCACUUCCUACCCCAAGCUCCUGAGCAGCAACAACAGGCACAAACAGAGCAACUAAGCUUUGUUUUAAUGGCUGUUUUGUCUUCUAGUGUUUAACAUUCAGCCUUUUUUAUAGCUAUAAAAUAGUCAUUAAGUAGAUGUAACUUUACAUUUUAGAAUGAGCUGGCAUUAUUUAAAGACCAGUUCAUGUACCAAGUGUCUAAGCAAUAAAAAAGCGUUUGUAUUUGACAUUUAACUAAACUUUUAAAAGUUUGUCCUUGCAUUUAAGCUGGUUAAAAAAAUCCAAAAAAAAUAUAUAUAUAUAUUUUAAUUGAAGAGCACGUAGUUUAAAAAGAUAUUGCAUAACCUGGACUUAAUCUGAAAUUUUCUGUUAAAAACCAUUUGUUUAAUAAAUGAAUUGCAAAUCAAAA